AUGGAGGAUCAGGUUGAUGUGCUGGUGGAGCCGCCAAAUUUUGGUAAAAUUAAAGACUUAAAGAAGUCUGACUUGAAGGGUUAUAACAGCUACUCCCUGGAGCGUCCCCCACACCACUACCUGGAGCUUUCCCCGCACCACUCUCUGGAGAGUCCCCCACGCUACUCCCUGGAGCAUCCCCCAUGCCCCUCCCUGGAGCGUCCCCCACGCCACUCCCUGGAGCGUCCCCCACGCCACUCCCUGGAGCAUCCCCCACGCCACUCCCUGGAGCAUCCCCCACGCCACUCGCUGGAGCGUCCCCCACGCCACUCCCUGGAGCGUCCCCCAUGCCACUCCCUGGAGCAUCCCCCACGCCACUCCCUGGAGCGUCCCCCACACCACUACCUGGAGCUUUCCCCGCACCACUCUCUGGAGAGUCCCCCACGCUACUCCCUUGAGCAUCCCCCACGCCACUCCCUGGAGCAUCCCCCACGCCACUCUCUGGAGAGUCCCCCACGCUACUCCCUGGAGCAUCCCCCACGCUACUCCCUGGAGCAUCCCCCGUGCCACUCCCUGGAGCGUCCCCCGUGCCACUCCCUGGAGCGUCCCCCACGCCACUCCCUGGAGCAUCCCCCACGCCACUCCCUGGAGCGUCCCCCGUGCCACUCCCUGGAGCGUCCCCCGCGCCACUCCCUGGAGCGUCCCCUGCGCCACUCCCUGGAGCGUCCCCCACGCCACUCCCUGGAGCAUCCCCCACGCCACUCCCUGGAGCGUCCCCCGCGCCACUCCCUGGAGCGUCCCCCACGCCACUCCCUGGAGCAUCCCCCGUGCCACUCCCUGGAGCGUCCCCCGUGCCACUCCCUGGAGCGUCCCCCGUGCCACUCCCUGAAGCGUCCCCCGUGCCACUCCCUGGAGCGUCCCCCGCGCCACUCCCUGGAGCGUCCCCCGUGCCACUCCCUGGAGCGUCCCCCGUGCCACUCCCUGGAGCGUCCCCCGCGCCACUCCCUGGAGCGUCCCCCGCGCCACUCCCUGGAACGUCCCCCGCGCCACUCCCUGGAGCGUCCCCCGCGCCACUCCCUGGAGCGUCCCCCGUGCCACUCCCUGGAGCAUCCCCCGUGCUACUCCCUGGAGCGUCCCCCGCGCCACUCCCUGGAGCGUCCCCCGCGCCACUCCCUGGAGCGUCCCCCGCGCCACUCCCUGGAGCGUCCCCCGCGCCACUCCCUGGAGCGUCCCCCGCGCCACUCCCUGGAGCGUCCCCCGUGCCACUCCCUGGAGCGUCCCCCGCGCCACUCCCUGGAGCGUCCCCCGUGCCACUCCCUGGAGCGUCCCCCGUGCCACUCCCUGGAGCGUCCCCCCGUCCCCCCCGGCCACUCCCUGGAGCGUCCCCCGCGCCACUCCCUGGAGCGUCCCCCGCGCCACUCCCUGGAACGUCCCUCGCGCCACUCCCUGGAACGUCCCUCGCGCCACUCCCUGGAGAAUCCCCCUCGCCACUCCCUGGAGAGUCCCCCUCGCCACUCCCUGGAGAGUCCCCCUCGCCACUCCCUGGAGAGUCCCCCUCGCCACUCCCUGGAGAGUCCCCCUCGCCACUCCCUGGAGAGUCCCCCUCGCCACUCCCUGGAGCGUCCCCCGCGCCACUCCCUGGACCGUCCCCCGUGCCACUCCCUGGAGCAUCCCCCGUGCCACUCCCUGGAGCGUCCCCUGCGCCACUCCCUGGAGCGUCCCCCGCGCCACUCCCUGGAGCGUCCCCCGCGCCACUCCCUGGAACGUCCCUCGCGCCACUCCCUGGAGAGUCGCCCUCGCCACUCCCUGGAGAGUCCCCCUCGCCACUCCCUGGAGAGUCCCCCUCGCCACUCCCUGGAGAGUCCCCCUCGCCACUCCCUGGAGAGUCCCUCUCGCCACUCCCUGGAGAGUCCCCCUCGCCACUCCCUGGAGAGUCCCCCUCGCCACUCCCUGGAGCGUCCCCCGCGCCACUCCCCGGAACGUCCCUCGCGCCACUCCCUGGAGAGUCCCCCUCGCCACUCCCUGGAGAGUCCCCCUCGCCACUCCCUGGAGAGUCCCCCUCGCCACUCCCUGGAGAGUCCCCCUCGCCUCUCCCUGGAGAGUCCCCCUCGCCACUCCCUGGAGAGUCCCCCUCGCCACUCCCUGGAGAGUCCCCCUCGCCACUCCCUGGAGAGUCCCCCUCGCCACUCCCUGGAGAGUCCCCCUCGCCACUCCCUGGAGCGUCCCCCGCGCCACUCCCUGGAACGUCCCUCGCGCCACUCCCUGGAGAGUCCCCCUCGCCACUCCCUGGAGAGUCCCCCUCGCCACUCCCUGGAGAGUCCCCCUCGCCACUCCCUGGAGAGUCCCCCUCGCCACUCCCUGGAGAGUCCCCCGCGCCACUCCCUGGAACGUCCCCCACGCCACUCCCUGCAGAGUCCCCCACGCCACUCCCUGGAGCGUCCCCCCAUGCCACUCCCUGGACCGUCCCCCGCGCCACUCCCUGGAGCGUCCCCCGUGCCACUCCCUGGAGAGUCCCCCACGCCACUCCCUGGAGCAUCCCCCACGCCACUCCCUGGAGCGUCCCCCCAUGCCACUCCCUGGACCGUCCCCCGCGCCACUCCCUGGAGCGUCCCCCGUGCCACUCCCUGGAGCGUCCCCCACGCCACUCACUGGAGCGUCCCCCGCGCCACUCCCUGGAGCGUCCCCCACGCCACUCCCUGGAGCGUCCCCCACGCCACUCCCUGGAGAGUCCCCCUCGCCACUCCCUGGAACGUCCCUCGCACCCCCACCCCCCCAAGCCUCCCGCCUAUAAGAGGAUCAGAAGCUGAGCCACACUGCGCUUUACGAGUUUAA